UGUCUAUAAUAUAAUAUACCCUUAUCUGUGAAUUUUUGUUGUUAUUCAUUCGUUUUUUUGCUGUUGUAAUGUCGAUGGAUCCUUUCUCGCUUGGCGUUAUACGACCGUCCCCUGGAAGCUGCGACGAAAGAGGGAAGCGGCUGAAAUCAGAUGCAGAACCGAAAACAGAACCGGAAGCAGAAUCGGGCUCGGAACCGGAACCGGAAUCGGAAUCGGAAAUAGAUUCAGAAACGGAACGUGAAUUUGAAAAAGAACGGGACAGGGUGUUUGGUUGGCAAUCGAUUCCAUUAGAAGAUCUGGAGGUUAGUGAUCUGUCUAGUCGUUAUGAAGACCACCCUUAUCCUUUCUCUUUUGGCUGUCCCAAAUUUACAUACGUGAAUAAAGCCAUGAGAAAACAAGAAGAGGAUGGUAAAAAGGCCCUGGCUGAUUAUCGGGAGAGUUCUCGUAACAUAAGUCCCUAUGAUGUUACCGAUGUUCCAUCCUUUGGAAAUAUUUGUGGCAAUAACUUUCCCAGACCCGUUACCAUUGCCGAUGAUCAUCGUCGCCCGCAUUUCAUUCAUCUCUCCAAACUUGCCUUGGCCGAGUACAACCAUGAUAAUCAGGCUAUAAAGUAUGAAUUUGAAGAUGUUAUCAAGGCAACCAGGCAAUUUGUUCCUCUUAUUACUUAUUACAUUACCUUUCAAGCAAAACCUAAAGAUAAAGGUGAUGGUGCUACAACAACUUUUCAAGCCCGGGUAUGGGACAGGACGCCUUCAUUGGAAUCGCCUGUGGUUGAGUCUUGUUCCAUUAAAACCUAACACACACCAUGAAAUUGAAGGUUAGUGUUGGAGAAAUCAUGAAAUUCGGUUGUUGUUCAUCCUUAUUGGAAUUGUGGAUACAAAAGAGCUCUGAAAGUUUGGAUUUCAAUAUACACGAGCUCGAAUUUGCCAUGAAAACCCUUUUGCCAUUUGUGUAGACAAAGCUGUUCUUCGUAGGGCAACCACGACCAAGAAUUUUGAAAAACCUUUACGGAGUUGUCCACAUUUUAAGGGAUCUUUGCAAGCUAGGUGUGAGUAGUUUGAAUGGUUCUAUGAGGAUGUGGAAUAUGAGAAAUGGCAAUUUGUGAAGACUAGGUUGAAAAAGUUAGCAAAGGAAAUUGAUGAUGCAAAAAUGGAGUUUGAAAAAGUUAGUGUGACAAAUGAAGAAUUAAGGAAAGUUGAUUGAACUUCAAAGUCAAAUGAAGAUGUUGAAGUGUUUUUUUUUUUUUUGGAAUAUGACUGUAUCGGUUGUAUUGGUUUUGUAAUUUUCUCUUUAUUGGUUUUUUUUCUCUUCAUGUUUUAAGAGUAAGUAAUGUAUGAGCCUGUAUUGGUUGAAUUUAAUCAAUUGAAUUUCUUGUAUGUAUCGGUUGAAUGUAAUGGCAUGUAUCAGUUAAAUGUAUUGACACCAUUG